CCUGUGUCUCUCCCCUCAGAAAACCCAACCAGCAAGAUACUUAUCCUGAAAUUCUCUCUGGAUCCUGUUCUCCUGGAUUUAUCAGCUUGAGAAGUGUGGUUGCGGGGAACUGCAGGCAGUUAAACAAAAAGACAAGUGGGAAGAGUAAAGUCCAGAUUCCUUCCAGCUAGUCUAAUCUCUGGCAAGAGUUUACACACAGAUAGGAACAAGAUUUUUCACCCUUCUGAUCUCACCCUUUUGGCUCUUUAGUAGGGAGAUUCAGAUCAACCCCUUCCAGCCUCUUGGAGACAGGAGGAGGGUGAGGAAGGGAGAAAACUCAGCUGGAGGAAAGAGUGUUGUUUUCAGCAAUGGGAGAGCUGCUGAGCUAUACUGGAAGAAAUGACAGAAGCAUGCUGCUCCCUCCAGUGCAAUGCUGCUAGAACUCUGCUCUCCGUGAAAUAGAACAGAGGAGGGAAAGGAAGGGAGGAGGCGGCUGAGCCCAGCAAGACAGAGAGAGAGGGAAUGUGAAGCCUGAAGAAGCUGCUGGCCACUUUGCUCAGAAAGGAUGCAGCUCUCCAGGGCACUGGGGGUCCUGGUGGUUCUCCUGGGUUUGUUACCCUGCUUUGGAUGUCUGGAGACUCUCCUGGGAUCCCAGCCCAGCCAAAACCAUUUGCAGAGUGCAGCUUCUUUUCUAUAUCCAGUGUCCAGUGUGUGUAGCCGUGAUCCUCUUGGAUAUUACAAUGGCUCGCUGGCUGUUACGGAGACUGGGUCAGAAUGCCUGAAAUGGGCAGAGUUCCCCGAUUACAUCCAGCAGUAUCCAGACCGGGGCUUAGGGGACCACAACUACUGUAGGAAUCCAGAUGGGGGGACUACACCCUGGUGCUUCUACCGGCUUCCCUCUGGAGGAAUUGACUGGGCCAGCUGUGACUGUAAUCAUGGUGCUGUGCGGCUGGCAGAAGGUGGAAGGGUGGAGUUCUACUUUAGUGGGCUGUGGGGCAGCAUCUGCGCUGAUCAUUGGACAGACUGGGAUGCCAGUGUGGUCUGCCGGCAGCUGGGACUCAGUGAGAUUGGGACCGCUGGGAAGAAGAGCCACCCUGGCUUGUGGCCACUUCCCCUCCAUCUGCAGUCAGCAAACUGCCGUGGCAAUGAGCAGGCCCUGCUGCAGUGUGGCUACCAGAAGGCUGUGUCAGGAGCCUGUCACCAGGGCAGUGCAGUGGCAGUUUGUGUCCCUCCAGAAGGUGUAGGGACCCCGCUGCGUCUGGUUGGGGGGAAGGCAAGCUUUGAGGGACGAGUGGAGGUCUACCAUGAUGGUGAGUGGGGCACCAUCUGUGACGACCAAUGGGACAACAGGGAUGCUGAAGUGAUUUGCAGGCAGUUAGGACUCAGUGGGACUCCAAAAGCCUUGUCAUGGGCUCACUAUGGGCAGGGGUCUGGUCCGAUCCUGCUGGAUGAAGUGGAGUGCUCAGGGAAUGAGUUCUCACUGGACCAGUGCAAGAAGAAUGACUGGGGACAGCAAAAUUGUGACCACAUUGAGGAUGCGGGGGUGUCCUGUGAUCCCUUCACAGAAGGCACUGUCAGACUGACAGGAGGCAACACCCCCAGUGAAGGAAGGGUGGAGGUUUAUUACAAUGGAGACUGGGGCACCGUGUGUGAUGAUGGCUGGACAGACUUCAAUGCCCAGGUGGUUUGCAGGCAGCUUGGCUUCAGUGGCCCUGCUUGCCUGGCUGGUGAGGGGGAGUAUGCAGCUGGCCUAGGCUUUAUUCUCUUGGAUGAUGUGGGCUGCAAAGGCACAGAGCUGUCCCUCCUGGAUUGUCCUCACAGCAACUGGGGGCAACAUGACUGCUCACAUGCUGAAGAUGUAGGCAUCCGCUGCUCUCCUGAGAACAAGAUCUUUGAUGGGACCUUGGGGCCCCCUGUGCGGCUGGUGGACGGAGAGAGCACAAAGGAAGGGCGGGUAGAGGUGUUCCUGAAUGGGCAGUGGGGCAGUGUCUGCGAUGAUGGCUGGACAGACAGGGAUGCCACAGUGGUUUGUAGGCAGCUGGGAUACAGUGGCACAGCAAAAGCCAGGACAAUGGCAUAUUUUGGGGAAGGGCACGGACCCAUCCACUUGGACAAUGUGGAGUGCAGUGGCUCAGAGCGUGCUUUGGGGGAAUGUACCAAGUCUGACAGUGGGAUUCACAACUGCUGGCACAGUGAGGAUGCCGGUGUGAUCUGCAGCUACAGGGAAGAGAAGGCCCAGGACAUCAGUAAUGAAGAUUCAGUGUCCAGCAUGUGUGGGAUGCGCUUGCUUCACCGUCGCAAAAAAAGGAUCAUAGGUGGAAACAAGUCCCUCAGGGGAGGUUGGCCAUGGCAAGCAUCGCUGAGGCUGAAGGGGUUUCACAGAGAUGCACGUCUGCUGUGUGGAGCGACACUAAUCAGCAGCUGCUGGGUGGUGACUGCAGCACACUGCUUCAAAAGGUUUGGCAUUGAUGUGCGCCGUUACUUGCUGCGAGUGGGUGAUUACCACACUGGUGUGAAGGAUGAGUUUGAGAGAGAGCUGCCUGUGGAGAGGAUCGUCCUUCACAGGACCUACCAGUCCAGCAGCAAUGACAAUGACAUUGCCCUGGUCAGGAUGCGGGGCAGGGAUGGCCACUGCGUAUCCUUCAAUCACCACGUUGUGCCUGUUUGCCUCCCUGACAGGAAGGAGAAGUCUGCCAUUAACCGCCAGGUCUGCAUCAUUUCAGGAUGGGGAGACACAGGGAAGUCCUACUCCAGAACAUUACUGCAGGGUGUGGUACCCCUUCUCCCAAGAGAAGAUUGCGAGACCCGCUAUGGAAGCAAAUUCACUAACCGCAUGAUAUGUGCUGGAAACCUCUCUGAAGAUAAGCGUGUGGACAGCUGCCAGGGUGACAGUGGUGGACCACUCAUGUGUCAAAGGUCAAAUGGACGGUGGGUCAUUCUGGGGAUCACGUCCUGGGGUUACGGGUGUGGCCGAAAGGACUCUCCCGGCGUUUACACAAAAGUUAGCAAAUUUGGACCCUGGAUCAAGAAAGUGACCAAGUUGAAAUGAACACCUGUGAGCCUUGUGACCUUCAGUGCUGGCUUCUUUUUGCCACUGCAGAAUUAAAAUGUUGGCCAGUACCCAAGAAAGCUGCCUUCUACCUCCAGAGGGGGCUGCUGCUUCUCUGUAUCUGACAGGGAUUUGUUUUGUCUUAGUGGUUUCAUUUUUGUCUCAGUGUUCAGAGGAAGCAAUUAUGUUUGACUCCUGAAAGACCUUGUUUUACCUUCAGUCCCAAAUCUCUGAACCAGGAAAGCAGAUAUGAAUGGCAAGAUGGACGCUUCUGUUCCUCCCCCUACCUGAAUCCUGUUGAAUAGUAUUGCUUAGUUCCUCUACUCCUGAACACAGAGGUGAUGGGAGUGGGGAACAGGCUUCUGUCAGGAAAUGUCUGUCUCACUUCUUGGAUGUUCAUCCACUUGGCCAACACUGCCAAAAGAGGUGGAACGCCUGGCAAGUGGGUACGGCAAGGUGCUGCUUUGAAGGAGAACUUCAGAGGAAGCUGCUCAGCCACUUCUCUGCAUCACCCCUCAGACAGCAGGACUGUGGAGGGGAACAGGGAGGGGAGGCUGUGAUUGUUUUGCUUCUGCUCUCCCCAAGUCAACAGGGUGUAGUUUCUCCUUUUCCAUGGCUGAAAGAGGCAUUUGCUCUCUCCUGAGUCUUAAUUUCACUCUCCUGCAGUCCCUGUGAACAUCUUUAUCCUUCCUAGAUGUUCACCCUUCCACAAUCACCCCAAUCACUCCCCAUUCUCAGUGCUGGAACUCCUCUGGUUUUAUCGCUAGGCUUGUGCUACUCAGUGUUUUUCCUUAAAGCCCCAGGUGUUGGAGUCAAUCUUCAUUGUAAAGAGAGAGGAUAUAUCUAGCCCUCAUGGUUGUCAACAAAAGCUUGAAGAUGUGACCCCUAACAGGCCCAAACCAAAAAGAUUAAUAA